ACCGGAACUCAGGGCUCGUGGGUGAAGCGGCCCAACAUUGAAUCCAUUGUGAUGGCAGUGAGGGCGGAAGUCCAGGCGUUGUUUACCCAUGCCUGGCGUGGGUACGUCGCUGAAGAAGGUCCGUAAAGCCGCUGCUUGGGAGGAAAAAGAGAUUGGCGUCAUGGCCGUGAGCCAGAAGCAGCCGGCAUUAGCCUUUGGUCAGGCCGUCAUCGGACCUCCCGGCUCCGGGAAAACCACCUACUGCCUCGGCAUGCAGGAAUUCCUGUCUGCAAUCGGGCGCAAGGUUGCGGUGGUGAAUCUGGAUCCCGCCAACGACGGGAUCCCUUACCCGUGUGCCGUGGACAUCUCGGAACUGAUUACCUUGGCGGACGUUAUGGAGAACCUGAACCUGGGACCCAACGGAGGCUUGAUUUAUUGCAUGGAGUACUUGGAAGCCAAUUUGGACUGGCUGCAGGAGAAACUGGCCCGGCUUAAGGGCCACUACUUCUUAUUUGACUGCCCGGGACAAGUGGAGCUCUGCACCCACCACAGUUCCUUGAGAAACAUUUUUGCUCAGCUUGCAAAGUGGAACUUCAGGUUGGCUGCAGUUCACUUGGUGGAUUCUCAUUAUUGCACGGACCCUGGCAAAUUCAUCUCUGUCCUCUGCACUUCCCUCUCCACCAUGUUACACGUAGAGCUGCCUCAUGUCAACGUCCUCUCCAAAAUGGAUCUGAUCGAACAAUAUGGAAAACUGGCUUUCAAUCUCGAUUACUACACCGAGGUUCUCGAUCUGUCUUACCUCGUGGAUCACUUGGCUUCAGAUCCUUUUUUCAAGAAGUACCGUCGUUUGAAUGAGAAACUUGUGGGCGUGAUUGAGGACUACAGCUUGGUCUCCUUCGUUCCUCUCAAUGUCCAGGACAAGGAGAGCAUGAGGCGUGUAAUGCAGGCCGUGGACAAAGCCAAUGGCUACUCUUUCGGGGACAUGGAACACCGAAACCUUGAAACACUGAUGUCUGCUGCAGUUGGAGCUGAUUUCCACUUCCCAUCCACUUUGGCGGUCCAGGAGCGGUACGUGCAGCCAGAUGAGAAAACGGUGGAAGAAGAAGUGAUGGACAUAUGACAGGCCUGCAGGAACAGCAGAAGAAAGGAAGUUCAUCACACUGAAGAUGUCCUCCACUUUGGGGCGUCAGGCUGAAUUUUGUAUGUUUGCUGGACCUGAGCAAUGCACCAAAACAGUCUUGUCACCAUGCAGGUCCUACCUUUCAGCUCCCUUAGCUGAGAGAAAGAUGCGCCCAAGGGUUUUCCUGUAGAAGAGGACAGACCUCUGUUUGAUUUAUGUCUGACCGAAGAAAAAUGGGUGUUGUCACGUGGCUCAGAAGUCAGAAGAACUAGAGUGUUGUCACAGUUGAGGUCAAAGAGUGGAAAUGGUAAGUAUGGUUUUGAAAGAGAUUUCCAUUCGAGGCAACCUGUGUGACAUCUCUGCCAUUGGGAUUCUCAAUUCCAGUCUUCCCCAGUCCCUGCCUUUCAGAUGUGUUGGUCUUCAAUCCCUUUUGUCACAAGACACAACAGCUGGGGACGAUGGGAGUGGAACUCUCACACAUAAAAAAUAUGCAAGAUUGAGGAGACAGCUUUAUCCUGUCACCGAUCACAGAAGACCAUAAUCAUUUUUUCUUCUGCAACCUGUUCCUCUUCAAUGUUUUCAAGCAGUGAUGCCAGUCGCUUUCCAAAACAGGAGUCCUCGAAACCAUCCUUGUGAGGGCUUUGGACGGAGUCUUCUCAAAGUUGUCUUCUGAUGAAGAGACUGCUGAAUAAAUGUAUGUGUCUCUCUGUGUUGUAAUGCAAA